AUGGCUCGCAUGUCUGUUUUCAGGUUCUCUGCUCUGACUCUGCUGCUUCUGUCUGCCUGCUGUUGGGCCGACAAUGAGGUGGGACCAUCUCCAGAGGACUUUGCUGAGGAGGACGCAGGGGACCUUUCUGUCUCUGAGCUUCUGGAGAGAGCCAACAGUAAUCUGAUCCGCUCCGACAAUGAUCCCAUCCUGACUGAAGGAGACAUCGCCAUCGACAGGGAGGCCGAGAAAAACGCUGACCCCUGCACCAGCCGAGGCUGCAUGUGGGGCAAGUGGACUGAUGGGAAGGUCUACAUCCCUUAUUACAUCACCAAUCACUUCUCCUCCCGUGAGAAGGCCAUCAUCACCCGUGGACUGGAGUCCUUCUCCUCCUUCUCCUGCAUCCGCUUCAGGCCCAGCAGAAGCAGCGACCGUGACUGGCUGAGCAUUGAGUCCCAGAAUGGCUGCUACUCUUUCGUUGGCCGUCGUGGUGGUAAGCAGGUGGUGUCUCUGGCCCGUCGUGGUUGCCUUUACCAUGGCACCGUCCAGCACGAGCUGCUCCAUGCUCUGGGAUUCAACCAUGAGCAAACCCGCUCCGACAGGGACAGCCACAUCAAAGUCCUGCUGCACAACGUUCAGUCUGGAAUGGAGCACAACUUCAGGAAGAUUGCCACCCUCAACCAGGGCACUCCCUACGAUUACAACUCUGUCAUGCAGUACCACAAGUACGCCUUCUCUAAGAACAACCAGCCCACCAUGGUCCCAAUCCCUAACCCCAAUGUGUCCUUUGGCAACGCCAAGGAGAUGAGCCGCAACGACAUCGCCAGGCUCAACACGCUCUACAAGUGCUACUCCUCCGGUUUCCCCCCAUCCAGCGUCACCACCUCUCCGUUUCAUCCAUCUCCGCCUCGCCGUCCCGGAAUCCCUCCUGUCCUCAGCCUUCCCCUUCUUUUGUUUGAUUUAGUUGGAACUACCUAG